UCAAUCAAGCCGUUCCCUCCAACAGCCAAGGCACCUACCCAGCACCAACUAUCUCGAGUCAAGCAUAGCACGUUGGGCAAAGAAACCAUUUAUGUGGUAGAUAUUCGCCAACAGCCCUCGCACGACCGUUUGGGCGACCACUUCUUCGGAAUUCGAUGCAGUUUGAGGCCUCAAGGAACACACGAGCGGCCUUCGUCGAUGCAUUCAGUGUGUGUGUCUCCAGGCGAUGAAUCUACGCCAUCUCGCGUGGGACUAUGUACGGAGUACAGCCACGGCCCAAUCUGGCGGGAUUCGACGCUAUCGACGUUAAGCUUAGCUUUUCCCGCUUCUCCAUGUUCUGGGCUUCGGAUGCGUCCCUUUUCUUCCCCGGAUCAGCUCCUUCAUCGGAUGCUAUACCUAACUAGCUUGACGAGGUCUCGACCGUGGGCAAUCAUCCGUCUUGGUGAACGACAUUGCCUUGCCUGGUCAAUGACUGUUUGGGCAAGAGUUCGCCGAAUCCGCCAUAGACAACACCAAUUGUUCACUCGGAUGGCGCCAAAAAAUUAA